UUUCAAUGAAAAUAUUCAUCUCUUCUAACUUCUAACUUCGAAGCAUUCAGUAUUCUAAGUUUCAGUAAGAGAACUAGAAAUGGCAGAGACCAUUCGUUUGGUUGUUGCUGUUUUUGGCAAUGCAGCCUCAAUGUCCCUUUAUGCUGCACCAGUGGUUACCUUUAAAAGAGUUAUAAGAAAGAAAAGCACAGAGGAGUUUUCAUGCAUUCCUUACAUUAUUGGGCUCUUGAACUGUCUUCUUUACACUUGGUAUGGUUUGCCUGUUGUGAGCUGCAAGUGGGAAAAUUUCCCUAUAGUCACUGUUAAUGGUGUUGGGAUUGUUCUGGAGUUAUCCUAUGUUCUCAUUUAUUUCUGGUUUGCUUCUCGCAAAGGAAAGGUGAAGGUAGCCAUGACUGCAAUACCAGUUGUGCUUUUGUUCUGCAUAAUUGCUGCAGUCUCAGCUUUUGCAUUUCAUGAUACCCGUCACCGAAAGCUUCUUGUGGGUAGCAUUGGCUUAGUUGUUUCAGUAACGCUGUAUGGAUCUCCCCUUGUUGUAAUGAAAAAAGUUAUACAAACAAAGAGUGUUGAAUUCAUGCCACUAACAUUAUCGGUGUGCGCAUUCUUAUCUUCUACACUCUGGCUGAUCUAUGGAAUCCUCAUUAGAGAUAUUUUCGUAGCGGGACCAAGUAUCCUUGGAACUCCUUUAGCCAUCCUGCAGCUUGUACUUCACUGCAGAUAUCGAAAAAGGAGUGUUGUGGAAGAACCAGGCAAGGGAGACCAGGAAAAGGGUAACUUAGAAAAGGUGGACAUGGAAAUAGGGAAAGUUGAAACGAAUGUGACGAAUCACAUGACCGAAAACUCGUGAACAAUGUUUUAAAGGGAAAGGUUGUUGAAGAUUUCAGAAUGUUCUAUUCAUAUUCCUUUGGUUAUGUUUAUUUCCUUUAUUUUAAGAGACAAUGGUCCUCUUAGCUUUGGAUGUAAUAUUUUUAGUUCUUAAUAAAUGCUUUAUUGACAAGAUUUUACUUUA